AUUUUUAUGCAGUAGCUCAUCAUCAUCUAUUGCCUUAAAUCAUUACAUAACCAAAUCACAACCAAUUCAUCAUGUCAAAACAACAUUUGAGCUUUCUCAAAUUCCAUGGCCUAUCAAGGAAAUCUUCACUAAAACCGACCAAACCCAUCACCAACAUGGAACCACAAAUCUCUAAUGCAGUGCCAAGCCCAAAUUACCAGCCUAACAUGGAGGAGAUGAAAUGGGUGUUCAACAAAUACGACACCAACAAAGACGGCAAGAUUUCGCGCGGCGAGUACAAGUCUGCGAUGAGAUUCAUGUCCAAGGAAAUGAAUCAAGCAGAGAUGGCUAAGGCAUUUGGGGCAGUUGACACUGAUGGAGAUGGGUUCAUAGACUUCAAAGAGUUCAUGGAAAUGAUGCAUUAUAACAUGGGAGAGGCUGAGGGUGUGAAGUCGAAUGAAAUCCAAAGUGCUUUUCAAGUUUUUGAUUUGGAUGGCAAUGGAAGGAUUGGUGCAGAAGAAUUGAUGGAGGUUUUGAGGAAGAUGGGGGAGAAGAGCAGCUUGGAGGCUUGUCAAAAAAUGAUUAAAGGAGUGGACAGAGAUGGUGAUGGUCUGAUUGACAUGGAUGAAUUUUCUAACAUGAUGACAAGAACCAUGAAGCUGUCUUAGAGCUUUGGUUGUUACUUUAAUUUUACUAAGUUUAUGUGUAUUUUCUCAAGCAAAACAAUUUAAAAAUAAAGUGAACUGAUAAUAUAGAUUUUAUUCUGGUUUGAUUUGAUCACCAGAGCUUGCUUAAAAACAAUAUUGCAUAUAGAGACGUAAAGUGGGCCGAAAACCCCGACCCAGCCCACUAAGAGUGUUGGGCCGGGCCUUGAUUGCCUACUAUGUUAAAUAAAUAUUAUUCAUGUUGUUUGCAAUUUUUGCUGUUUGUUACUUGGGCUUGAAGGACCCAACUAAAUAAGAUGAUAUUUCUUUUUCUA